UCUAAAUUCUGUGGAAACAGAAACAGGCUUCAACAGAAAAGAGAGAGGAAUGAAGAGCCUUUUGCUUCAAUUUUUGCUCCUUAUAACGUUUUCUUCUGCAUUUCCUACAGACCGAAAGAUGGACACUGAAGAGAACAUGAGGCUGGCGCAGGCAUAUCUCAACCAGUUCUACUCUCUUGAAAUAGAAGGGAGUCAUCUUGUUCAAAGCAAGAACAGGAGUCUCUUAGAUGGCAAAAUUCGGGAAAUGCAAGCAUUUUUUGGAUUGACAGUGACUGGACAACUGGACUCAAACACUCUUGAGAUCAUGAAGACACCCAGAUGCGGGGUGCCUGACGUGGGUCAGUAUGGCUACACUCUCCCAGGGUGGAGACAACACAACCUCACAUACAGAAUCAUAAACUACACUCCAGAUAUGGCACGAGCAGAUGUGGACGAGGCUAUCCAGAACGGCCUAGAAGUGUGGAGCAGAGUUACUCCACUGACAUUCACCAAGACUUCCAAGGGGAUUGCAGACAUCAUGAUUGCCUUUAGGACCCGAGUCCAUGGCUGGUGUCCUCGUUAUUUUGAUGGCCCCUUGGGAGUCCUCGGCCAUGCCUUUCCUCCCGGUCUGGGUCUGGGUGGAGACACUCACUUCGAUGAGGAUGAAAAUUGGACCAAGGAUGGAGCAGGAUUCAACCUAUUUCUUGUGGCUGCUCAUGAAUUUGGUCAUGCACUGGGACUCUCUCACUCCAAUGAUCAGACAGCUUUGAUGUUUCCAAAUUAUGUCUCCCUGGAUCCUAAUAAAUACCCACUUUCUCAGGAUGAUAUCAAUGGAAUCCAAUCCAUCUAUGGCAGUCUACCUAAGACAUCUGCUAAGCCAAAGGAGGCCAUUGUACCCCAUGCCUGUGACCCUGAUUUGACUUUUGACGCUAUCACCACCUUCCGCCGAGAAGUAAUGUUCUUUAAAGGCAGGCACGUAUGGAGGAUCUACUAUGAUAUCACUGAUGUGGAAUUCGAACCGAUCUCUUCAUUCUGGCCGUCCCUGCCGGGUGAUGUUCAAGCCGCAUAUGAGAGCCCCAAAGAUAAGAUCCUAGUGUUUAAAGAUGACAACUUCUGGAUGAUCAGAGGAUAUGCUGUCUUGCCAGAUUAUCCCAAACCCAUCCAUACACUUGGCUUUCCAAGACAUGUGACAAAAAUUGAUGCAGCCCUCUGUGACCACAGUGCCAGAAAAACCUACUUCUUUGUGGGCAUUUGGUGCUGGAGGUAA